AUUCUUAGCGGCGACGUCGUCGUGUUUUAUUUAAGGGUGGUAUUGAGUUUUUUUUUUUCUGAAGGAAGGGGAAAUUCGUUUUUUAUAUAUAUAGCACAUCAGCUUCGGCCAGACAGCCACGAAAUCCUCGAAAAGAAAAAAAAAGAGAAAAAAAGGCAGCCACCUGACCAGUUUAUACCGUCUGACCAGUUGGCCUACAUCCCCGCCGGAGACAUGAACCCGCCGCCGACAGCUGCCGUCUCCGCCGGAGGAGACCAUGCCGCGGCGCCGGCCGCCGCUGCAGCGUCCGACUACGCCCACUACCCGAGGCUAUCGCCGGAGGACGUGGCCCCGCCUCCCCCUCCGCCUUACCACGCCGCCGCCGCCGCCUCCGCGCCGGCCUUCUCAGGCAACCCCUACGUCUCCUCCCCCGCCGGUGGCGUCGCGCCCGCCUCGAAGAAUACAAUGGAUACGGUGAAGGAUGUGCUGGGGAAGAUGGGGAAGAGGUUUGGCGAGGCAGCCCGCAAGACGGAGACCCUCACCGGCAACUUCUGGCAACACUUGAAAACUGGACCAAGCAUUACAGACGCAGCAAUGGGCAGGGUCUCCCAGAUCACUAAAGUCAUAGCAGAAGGUGGAUAUGAUAAAAUCUUCCAUCAAACUUUUGAUGUCCUCCCUGAUGAAAAACUGAAGAAACCAUAUGCAUGUUAUCUGUCAACCUCUGCCGGUCCUGUCAUGGGUGUGCUAUACCUGUCCAAUAAGAAGUUGGCAUUCUGUAGCGACAAUCCACUUGCUUACAAGGUUGGAGAUAAAGAUGAGUGGAGCUACUACAAGGUUGUUAUUCCCCACACCCAACUGAGGUCAGUUAAUCCUUCAACAAGCAGAACAAAUGCAUCUGAGAAAUACAUCCAGGUGGUUUCUGUUGACAAUCACGAGUUCUGGUUCAUGGGCUUCGUGUACUACGACAGCGCCGUAAAGAAUCUGCAGGAAGCACUUCAGGAGGCUCAGAAUCUACGAGCUUAGUGGUGUCCAUAUGUUGGGAAUAGCAUGCCCAAUUCAUUACAGUUGUGAUAUACUCUGUGUUUGAUCAAAUCGGCAGUUGCUGUAUUUGGUCGGGUAGAUGUUGGCAUCUGUUGCAAUUGUACCGACUUGAAACGGUUUUUGAUCUGUGACAUUAUGGUCUUGAGAUAGUUACUCUCCAUUGUUGUCUGUGACUGGAUUUUGUUUGACUUGCUGCAAUAUCAAUCGAGCGUCUGUUCUGACGUU